AUGUCGGCCGCCACGACCACCACCGCCAGCAGCGGCAGGACGCCCGACAAGAGCAAGCUGCCGACGGCUAAAUGGGGCGCCGCCUGCGCACCCUGCGCUUCGGCCAAGGCCAAGUGCAUCCGCUCCGACGAGACGCCCGGGGCCAAGUGCGACAGCCGCACCGCCCAGAUCGAGGAGCGCCUCAACGGCCUCGUCAACCUCCUCCAGGCGUCCGGGGAGCUCAACGGCUCGCGGUCCGUGCAGGCGUCGCCUCACAGCCACAGCCAGAAGCUCGAGACGCAGACGCCCACGCCGACGCAGCAGACGCCGUCGGCCUCGGGCAGCUCCACGACGGCCACGUCUCACCCGCAGCACGAGUACGGAGGCGGCGGCGGCGGCGGCUCGGCAUGGACCAUCCCGCCCUCGUACAAUGAGCACGCCGUGCCGGCCUGCAUCUGCCGGCCCGAGAGCGGCGACGCCCCGCCGCCGCCCGAGUCCGACGACGUGCUGCUCGACCUCUACCGCCGCGACAUGCAGCCCGUCUUCCCCUUCGUCAUCAUCCCUCCGGACUGCGACGCCGGCACCCUCUACGCCAGCCGGCCGUUCCUCAUGUCGGCGAUCCGCAUGGUGGCCUCGUUCCGCAGCCUGCGCUCCAUGCGCGCCCAAAUGUACCAUCUCAUGACGCACCUCGCCGAUCACUUGCUCAUUCGCUCUGCCCGCUCCCUCGACCUCCUCCAGGGCAUCAUUGUCAUGCUGGGCUGGUACCAGUACCACUGCUUCAUGCACGCUCAGAUGAACAACCUGCUUUACCUGGCCACGAGCCUCGUCGCCGAGCUGGGGCUCAACAAGCCGCCCGUCCUCCGCGAGCAGACCAGCCUCAUGGUCGCCCGGCCCGUCGAGCCCCCCGCGCGCACAAACGAGGAGCGCAGGGCCCUGGCGGGCGUGUGGUUCAUGACCUCGGCCAUGGCGACCAACUUUGGUCGGAUAGAGCCCAUGCGCUACUCAUCCUACUUACAAAAGUGCGUAAGGGAGCUCGAAGCCAGCAGGGAGUACGACAGCGACGCAACGGUCGUCUUCCUCGUUCGGGUGCAGCACCUGACGGAGCGGAUAUGGGAUGUCAACUCGGGCGAGAGGGAACAGGACUUCAUCCCCGGGAUCCCCUCUGCCCCCUCAUCCGCAUACAUCCUUGCUUUCCAAAACGAACUUGACCGUCUACGAAACAGCCUUCCUCACCACCUCAAGAUGGACAGCACGAUGCAAGUCUACAUCAACACUGCCCUGCUGCGCCUCUACGAGCCGCCUGUGGCCGACAUGGCGCUCAUACGCCAGCUCUCCGAGUCGCUCACCAUGGGCUCCGCCGGGUCCGGCACGCCACUCGACAGGAUCUACCAGACGAGUUCGGCGCUGCGACUGUGGUUCGACACCUGGCUGUCGGUGCCCGUGUCCGUGUACUACCGGCAACCGGCGGCCAUCGCGGCGCAGCUCGUGUACGCGCUGACCAUGCUCGGGCGGUGGGCGAAGCUCGCCACUCCGCGCACCAUGUAUGAAGGCGGCACGCCCAUGCCCCGGUGCUCGAGCGCCGGCAACACCAGCCUGGCCGUGUACAAUGCAGACCCGCAACAACCGCCGGCGGCGCGCGAGUCCGGGCUCGGGACCAAGGCGACCUCUGCGGCGGCAGCGGCAGCCGCUGCCGCUGCUGCCCACCGCAGCCACAACCCGAACCAAGGAGGUCCCUCGUCGUCAUCAUCUUCGUCGCAGCAGGGCCCGUGGUCGCAUCUCCGGUGCGAUAGCAAGGACUGCACGCACGAGACGGAACCCGGGCUCCCGGCGGCGGUGGGCGCGCUCCAGUCGCAGCUGCAGAUGCAGCCGGGCCUGACGGUCAACAUACCCGAGAUCCUGUCGGCCAUCUGCAGCCGCUUCGAGCAGGUCAACUCGUCGUUCCACGUGGCGGCGUCGUCCGAGUCGGGCAAGCUGGAUGGCAACAUCUGGAGCUUCAGCGCGCUCAAGGUGCGCAUCACGAGGGUCAAGCUGGAGCGAUGGGCGGAGUUGGUGUCCGCGGGCGCGGAGGCGUCGUCGAACCGCGAAGGGGGCGACAAUAGUCAUAAUGGUAAUGACAACAACAAGCAGCCGCCGCAACAGCAGCAGCAACUACAGCAGCAGCAGCAACAGCAACAACACCCGCAUCAACAGCAGCAGCAGCAGCAACAGCCGCCAGUGACGACAGGAGGCGGCGGCGGCGGCCCCCCUGCGCAAUGGCGCGGGUCAUACCCCCAGCAGCAGCAACAUCAAGGGAUGGGCGGCGACAUGCACCAGUUCGGCAGCCUGGCGCAGGACCAGACGCAGAUCCAAAACUUCCUCGGUAGCACGCCCUGGACGAGCGACAUGCUCGACGGCAUCGACCCGACCGUCUGGUUCGACGGGUACCUGGACUGGGGCGCCGUGGUGAUGAACUCGAUGGGGACGGUCGAGCAGUGA